UGGCGGAACAGCCUGGUGUGGGCGCACAGCACUGUGCUGCAUGCAGGGGGAUGAAGCAUAUCAUCUAUCGGAAUUAAAACAGUGCUACUGCCGGAUUCACAUAAAUGGAAUGUAACCAGAUUUUUAACAACAUUAUUUUACGCAUGCAUUAUAAGUAUAUUGGUGGCAAUUUCAAAAGGACAAUCUGAUUGGUGGAGACGUUAAGAUGGGGAAAGUCCUUAGCUGUUCAUUAUGGGAUUUUGGGGGAUCCAAUGGCCGACAGGAGAUGCCUUCUCUCUGAGUGGAUACAGGCAGUAGGGUGGUGACCGCAGCACCUCUCCUGUUUGUCCUUGUGUGCUGUGACAGUUUUUAGGAUGCGUUCCUUAAGGAAGACAGUGUUGUUGGCCAUCGUGGCGUCUGUGGUGUUGGUGAUGGCCUUCCUCCAUUCUUGGCCCACCCGGGCCUACACCACCGUGGAUGUCUGGCAGAGACCAGGGCCUGCAGUAGAGAGGCACUUGGAGGAGAGGUUCCCAGAACCAGACCACAGAUCUGCCAACAUCCCCUAUCACGUGAAGGAGAGUGUUGCAGGUCUGUUGGCACGUAACGGGUGUGUGUGUGAAGGUGAGAGUGGGGGCAUGAACCUGCCCUUUGCCCAGCUGCUGUUCCCACGGGUGUCGGCCCACCCCAUGCACACUGCAUUUGAGGCUUCUGAGCUGGAAGAGAUGAAGAAACGAAGGGCCAAGGAGUACCAGGGCUUCCAGAUGAGGUCUCAGACUCCUGCAGAUAUGCUCAUCGUGGCCGAGGCCAACAAUCCUCUGCAGUACCCAACACAGGGGAUGGAAGUACGGCCACUCAAAACCAUCCUCAUCCCAGGACUUGCAGUACAAGACCGUCCCAGAGAGCUGUACACAGUCAACUUCACCUCCACCCUGGGAACGUUAAACGUGGCAGCAGAGGUUGAGGGGGUAAAGGUCAAAGGUGACGGGGAGAUGCACAUGACCCUGACCAGCAGCCUGCUGUCCAAUUUGAACCGGCAGCUACAGUUUGUCACCUAUACCAACACACUGUUCCACCCUAGUACAGCAGACACGGUGCAGUUUGAGACAGAGGGUCACCAAGCCAUGUUUACUAUCAAGGUCCGUCAUGGUGUAACUCCAAAACUCUACAACACAGGACCCAAAGGGGAAUACAACAUCAGUGCCCUUGUUACCAUAGCAACCAAAACCUUCCUGCGCUAUGACAAGCUCCAAGAUCUCAUCGACAGUGUGCGAAAAUACUAUUCCACUGUCACCAUAGUAAUAGCUGAUGACAGUGAAAACCCAAAGAUGGUCUCUGGCCCCUACAUCGAACAUUACAUCAUGCCAUUUGGAAAGGGCUGGUUUGCAGGUCGGAACCUAGCCGUUUCCCAGGUGACUACCAAGUAUGUGCUGUGGGUGGACGAUGACUUCAUCUUCACGGCCAACACCAAGCUGGAGAAACUGGUGGACGUCCUGGAGAGGACUACCCUGGACCUGGUGGGUGGUGCAGUGCGGGAGGCCACUGGCUAUACUGCCACCUACAGGCAGACCAUGUCCAUUGAGCCAGGGGAGGAGGAGGGUGACUGCUUGCAUUUGCGGAGGGGCUUCCACCACAUCAUCCAGGGCUUUCCAAACUGCGUAGUCACGGACGGGGUCAUCAACUUCUUCCUGGCCCGCACAGACAAAGUCCAGCAAGUGGGCUUUGACCCCCGUCUGGCCAGAGUGGCCCACCUGGAGUUUUUCAUCGAUGGCCUCGGCUCACUUCACGUGGGAUCCUGUGAUGAUGUCAUCGUCAACCACGCCACCAAGAUCAAGCUUCCCUGGGUCAGCCAAUCAGAGAGUGACAAGACGUAUGCCAAGUUCCGCUACCCACCAGCCUCUUCGGAUGCCACACACACCAAAAACGGCCUCCUCUAUUUCAAGAACCGCUUCCAGUGUUUGACUCACAAUUAAAUGACCUGUUUUGUUAACCUGUCGUUUCUCCUCUCGUUCAAGAUUCAUGCUCUUUCUGAGUUGCCAAAGAAGCUCUCGCCCGAUGUGUCCAAUCGGAUAAGAUUUUAAACAACCACAUUACACACAUCCCCUUGAAUAUCGACCUUGCUUGUUUCCCUCUAGAGGGAUUGCCAUUCAAACAGAGCAAAGCUGUCAUUUCUCUUAACUUAAUCAUCAUAUCUCUUCAGUUGUGUACUCUUGAUUGUAAACUCAAGGUUGAGAUCAUAUUAAGGGAUAUAUGUGCGUUUUGUGCCUCAAAUCUUAUCUGACGAGUCGCCACCGAGUCCUUUUGUUGAGGAAAGAGAACAAAGACAUGCUGAAUUAGCUUUAUGCCCUCACAGGACUAAAUGAGGUGAACGAGUUUCCAUACUGUUAUGAAGAGAUCAGAGGUAUGUGUACUCUGUCCUUCCCUUUGCACUAUACAGUUUGAGCUGGACUGAGCUCUAAGGGUCAGACAAAUGAGGACUGUGGGGACCAAGGGGGACUGAGGAUGGGGAUUGACAGUCAUUCAGUAGAGAGGACACUUCUCAGCAUGUGACAACCCCUUCAGAGACACAACGCAUGGGUGCUCCCUUUCCAACCCCAGACAAUGAACGCAUACAAGACUCUAAAUGUGUGGCUAAUUCUCCCUGGGUGUCUGUGCCAAUGGUUUCCCAGGUGGUUUGGUGUUGAAUGAUAUAUUUUGUUUGAAACCUCUGUGUCGCCCUUGACUGGCCCAUGCUUGAGGAGAAUGAUGCUCAUCCAUCUGGUCUGGGAUCUAACCCAGGAAUAAUAUCCCUGUUUCACCUGGUCUAGUGCAUUCUGUCUAUCUAGGGUCGAUUCCACUCUGUUUUAUACUCCAAGCAUCAUAAUAAGGAAUGCUUCUAUCCAUGCACGCAUUUGAAUGGGAGGGGAGAUUAAUUGCAUUUUCAUGUUUCAUGUUACCUCGAACAGAAGGGUUAGUUUGACCAAAGUGCAUGUAUUUCUUUAUCAAUUCUACAUGGAAAUAAACACACACUAAUAGAAUAAUGGCAAUAAUGGCACAGUUUGAGUUUAGAGAGUUGAAACGCUGUAAGAAUGAGUAGAACACCAAAGGAAAUGGUUGGAGAGACACAAUGUUAGGAUAACACAUCACAGAGAGAUGAUAUGAAUGAUAAAGUAAGGGUCACAGUCACACCGAAGUACCAAGGCAGAAAAACAUUUUAUACUUACAGUUCCUCUGCCAUGCAACCUGACAGCAGGAUCACAUAAUGUUAUUGUGUGUCAAGACCACUAGAUGGCACCCUUGCAUCAGAAUAGUGUUUUCUAAAAUCAAACAACAAAUAGUUUUUUUGAAUUUGUUAUCAAAUACCCCAAGGUGCCAGUGAUACAUUAGAUACCUUUUUAUUUGAUCCUUUUUGAAUAGAGGAAUAUUUUAAAACAGAUACAAUUUUGGGUGAUGCCAGAUUUAGAUUUGUCUUUCCUGAAAGGGGAUAUUUAACACUAAGUGAGAUCUCAGUUCAAUUGAACCUUAAUUGCAGUAGCUCUUCCAUCGGAAUCUAUGACUAAUACUAGCUAGACUCCCCAAGCAGAUGCUUCCCGUUUUCAGAAUGAGAAGUGUUCUGCAUGUGAGUAGGGGCAGUAGUUUGUCAACAAAGACACUGCUUAAUGAUAGGUUUGAUUGAAUUCCAUUCUCUGAAGGGAUUAGUUGAAGGGAUUUGGACAGUGAUUUCCAUUGUUCAACUGAUGUUGAUGUCACCUUAGAACCACAGGUCUGAGUCUUUCCAACCUGACGACUAUCAUCACAACAACCUUCUGCAUUAUCAGACUGUUUUCGUUUAAACAUGAUUAUAAAGUCUCUGAUAAAAAAAUACAGCUGAUGUAUGGUACUGUGAUUUCUUAGGCAACAUUUAAGAGGGUGUUCGUUCUGGUGCAGUGGUUCCCACUUAUGGGUCACUGCAUGAGUCCAGGUGGGUUGCAGGAUGCAAUUUUUUGGUGCAUUGUUACAAAUUAUUACUAUACAGUAAAUUUCUUAAAAUUGGUCACAUCCCACUGCACACACACUGGUUGAAUCAACGUUGUUUCCACGCCAUUUCAAUAAAAUUGCAUUGAACCAAAGUGGAAUGAAUGUUGAAUUGACGUCUGUGCCCACUUAAAGGCUUUGGAAAAUAGUUUUUUAUUAAUACAUUUUGUACUCUUCUUUGAAGUGGGUAUGUUUUUUCAUCGCUCAGACCUUAUGGUGGGUCGCAACUUUUUUUGCCGUUACUACUAUUAGCCCAAAGAAACGCAUUUAAUAACAGAUUCAGUACAUGGAACAACAGAUAGUCCCCCCAAAAAGUGUCUGUCCUAUAUCUGAGUGUCACGCCCUGACCUGAGUAUU